ACCCACCUGGAAGGUCCUGAUGCGGAACAUAGUGAAGCAUCUAUCCCCACCUGGAAGGACAAUUUCGGUAUAAAAAAUGGAAAACAAAAUGACAACAAGUCCGAAGACAUCUCUAUGAGACAUAAUUUAUGCUAG